GUGUCUCUCCAAGGGAGACCCUUUGGGGACGCCGACUUCAACCCGCGCAUCCCCACCUUCCCAGGGCUGCCGUCACCCUCCCUUCCUCACGAGGCCUGGAAGGACCUUAGCGAUGCCGAGCGGCUGCAGCAGAACGUCACGGCCUUUUCCAACUUGCCGGAGUUCCUGUCGGCCGUGAAGCGCCAGCAGGAGAUGCUGAACCCUCUUGCCCCAGAGCUGCAUUACCAGCUAGAGACUGCGGGCAGGCAGUGCCGGGGUCUGGCUAGCAAUCUGAAAUCCGUCAUGACCGCCAUGGACCUGGCUCCGGAGCCG